AUGCAGUUCUUCACGGCCAUCUUCUCGCUCUUCGCAGCAGCUGCCACCGCUUUCCCCACCAAGCCUAAUUACCUCACUCAACCCAUGGCUCGUGACGCUGGUGAUCUCUCGUCUAACACCAUCUUGAUANNGGUCUACGUCUGCACUGGUGCCAACUUCACUGGUGAUUGCCAAUAUCUCAAGCAACCCUUCGAUACCUGCGUCAUCUUGCCCGAAACCCUCAGCAAGAAGGUCUCGUCAUUCGGACCUGAUGAGGGCGCAACAUGCUUGUUGAUGCAGGGUUCAUGUAACGACUCAAUGCCUUACAGGUCCGCCAGCUACCCAGGCAUCUCGGACUUGCGCAACGUGACCUUUGACGACAUGGCAACAAGCUUCAUCUGCUUGCACUAG